GCUCUUCCACCAGCCAUUUUUGGUGUAAUAUUGAUUCGAAGUGAGUUUAGAUAAGCCAAAGUGGCAUAAAUAAUGGUGCUCUAUCUGCAUUUAGCUUUUUUGAGUCGCUUAUCGAGGAAACGAGUCGGAUAUUUUUACUCUUUUAUCACGAUGCGGGCAGCAUCUAAGUUAGCAUCUCAGCCUCACUCAACCGCACAAACAUGAGGCUCACUACUAUUCAGCCUUGCACUUAUUAAAGCUGACUUGGGUGACCUACUAAAAUUCCAAUCUCAAACUUCUGAAUACUUUUUUUUUUUUAAAAAAAAAACAUUUUUCCGAUUUCAGAUGGAGUUAUUAAAUGAGAAAUGGAUUUAUGCGGAUCAAACUACAGCUCACGAGUAUGACAAACGAUUUCUGAUUGUUGAGAAAGACCAGCAACCCUACUUUAGCAAAGUUCCACCUGGCGAACAUAACGGUCUGCCACACAAUAUUCCAAACUGUGCCCGGAUACUCUGCAGCUACUGCUCCCGAUGUGCAACGAGCACCGAACACUCCCCCUUCCAACUACCACACGACCAGCACACCGUUAACCAACUUCUCGAGCCAUUCCCAUGGCUCUUAACUCUACGAGCCCACAGCAAAGGUUUCGGCAACUUCUCCAAAAACCUACUCUACCAUGCCGACAACCCUGUAGCAAUGACCAUCAUCUUUCAUUCAUCCAUGAAGCAGUACUGGCAGCGCAGCCGAGGAGGAUCAAUCUGGUCUUUAGGGCUUGUCUACGACUUCCGCCACAACUCCUCAGUGGGCUUACUAGACGGUUUGUUACCGUCGGAUCGAAAACGCUUGGAAUGCAGCUUGGCCAGUAACCCAGCGGCUCUUGCACAUCCACUCGCCGUACCAUGCGCGGUUCUCGAGACUCAAACCACGUUCCUGGUCGAAGCAGCUUCGAAAAUCCAUGGACAGCUGUAUAAAAUCGAGAAAGACUUCGGACUAUAUAGGUCUUGGGGACCUGGGGGUGCGCGAGAUCCAUGGGCGUUGAGUAAUGACGAGUUUCAGGACUAUAUGAAAAGAAGCGCGUCGAUUGAGAGCCACUUGACCUAUCUUCGCGGCCAGGCUGAUAUACUCAUGCGCUUCAACGCCUUCCUGCUCGAAACGAGCGACGAGUUAUUAACUUUAGUCAAGAACACCUCCUCCAACCCCACUGCAAACACGCUAUCCGCCGUCUCUGGCCAGCAACCCAUUCAAUAUUGGCGCAAAAAUCUCGGCUACAUGCUCGAAACCGUCCGACCCAACAUCGACCGUUCCUCCGCGCGAAUCGAAAAGUUCUCUGCGACGGUUUCGACGGUGAUGAAUCAUAAGAUCUCUACUGAUACUAGCCACACCGCGUCCUUGGCGACAUUGUUAUCGAUCAUCACGAUGAUAUUUCUCCCUGCAACGGCUAUUGCGACUUUUUUCAGUAUGAGUAUGUUCAGUUUUCAGAAUGAUGCUGUGCAGGUGGUCUCCAGUAGGCUUUGGAUUUAUUGGGCUGUUGUGGCGCCUUUGACGGUGGUUAUUCUGGCGCUUUGCUAUCUGUGGACGAGGCGGAAGAGUUUUAAUUUGUUUCUUUCAAGGAAGAGGGAUAACGAUUCAGUGUGAUUGGGUUUGACACUGGACUGUUGAAAGUCGUCAAGCCUCAUUUCAAAUAAUGACCUUCCGUCGAGUUUGUAACUUUGAAAUAUGAAUAUGGAUACUAGGCGCACGAUCGUUCGAUCUUCUCCUUGCGGAGAUGGAUCAAUCGUUGUAUCUGUGCCAUAUUGAAAAAGGAGAUGGGAGGCCGCUCCUUGAGUAGUGAAAUACAUACAUCUACGAUAUUG